AUGGACUACACCAUGGAAGACACCCAAAACUCGGCGCUUGAUGCGCUGGAAGCCUCCAAGCUCAAUACCUCCGGCCAGCGCAAUGAAACUCAGAGCGUCACCAAGCGCCUGCAGGCCGAGUUGAUGCAGCUCAUGAUCCAGCCCUCUCCCGGCAUCUCCGCUUUCCCCGACGCCGACGGCAACCUGCUCUCCUGGACAGCGACCAUCACUGGCCCGACCGAGACACCUUACGAGGGCCUGAACCUGAAGCUCACCUUCGCCUUCCCCAACAACUAUCCCUACUCUGCACCGACCGUCCUCUUCAAGACCCCCAUCUACCAUCCCAACGUUGACUUUUCCGGCCGCAUCUGUCUGGACAUCCUCAAGGACAAAUGGAGCGCCGUUUAUAAUGUGCAGAGCGUCCUGCUGAGUCUGCAGAGUCUCCUGGGCGAGCCUAACAACGCGAGCCCGCUUAACGCCCAAGCCGCCGAGCUCUGGGAUUCCGACCAAGAGGAGUUCAAGCGCCACGUCCUGGCUCGCCACCGCGACCUCGACGACGACUAGACACUCCCUGCGUGUGGAGUCCGCAUCGGCGUCCACCGUUGCUCCCUGCCCCGAGAUGGGGACGUGGAGGCACGGUUUCAAUGCAUAGUGGCCUGGUUCAUUGGGUUUGGAGUUUUUGGCUAUUUGUGGUUUUAGUGUUAUCUUUAUCGCACGCAUUCACGUACAGGCGCGUGUGGCCCUGGCUCAUUCUGGGUGCCUAUUUUGAUAAUCUCAUCGCGG